AUGGUGGAGUCCUGGUACAUGGAUGACUCUGUGGAGGAUCAGAGGAAACCGCACAGAUCCGAGCCGAGCAUGGUCAGCCUGGAACAGCUGCAGUAGCUCGGUGUCUUUUACUGGAAACUGGACGCUGACAAGUAUGAGGAUGAUCCAGAGGCAGAGAAGAUCCGAAAAGAAAGAAACUACUGCUGGAUGGACAUAAUAACCAUUUGUAAGGACAAGCUGCCAAGUUAUGAAGAAAAGAUUAAGAUGUUUUAUGAAGAACAUUUACACCUUGAUGAUGAAAUUUGCUAUGUCCUGGAUGGAAGCGGAUACUUUGAUGUGAGAGAUAAAGAAGACAAGUGGAUCCACAUCUUCAUGGAGAAAGGAGACAUGAUAACACUUCCAGCUGGGAUUUAUCAUAGCUUCACCCUGGAUGAAACAAACUAUGUUAAGGCGAUGAGGCUGUUUGUUGGAGAACUGGUCUGGACAGCAUACAAUUGUCCAGCUGAUCAUUUUGAAAUUCAAGGACAGUAUUUGCAGUUUCUGACCCAAAGAGCAUAGUGGUGCUCCCCGGAGACUGACAUACUACUUGGAAAUGGGCCAAACAUGAUAAUUAAGCAAAUUGUUAAUAGUUUCUCCUUUUCUUCCACAUCAAGGACUUGAUUUUGAGUUAUUUCCUUUUCAAGAUUGUCUUAUUUAAGAAGGGAAAAGUCAUUAAUAUAACAU